AUGGCUUCUUCCCGUAAGACUUUCACUAUUGAAGAAAAAUCGCACAUCAUUUGGCGAAUUGAGAAUGGCGAAGCAAAUAGGGACAUAGCGAAGGAAUUAGGGGUUGGACAUUCAACAAUUUCGGUAAUAUGGAAAAAUCGCGAUAAAAUUAAGCAGAGCUUCGAGACAAGUUCUAUGAAAUCAAAAAAACUUCGUCCUAGUCAAAACAAUGACGUAGAUCAAGCGUUGCUGAAAUGGUUCAAGAUACAAAGAGCGAAUAAUAUUCCUAUAAGCGGUCCAAUUUUGCAGAGUAAAGCAAAUGAUUUGGCUGAGAAGUUGGGUAGACCUCGCGAUAUUACAUCUGCAUGGAUACAACGAUUUCGCCAGCGCCAUGCAAUCACAAGUGGUAGAAUAAGUGGUGAGGCAGCAGCAGUUCCAACUGGUAUUCCUGAAAACUGGUUAAACAAUGUGUGGCCAAAAUUAUGUGAUAUUUAUCCAGAUGAAAAAAUUUACAAUGCUGAUGAAACUGGAAUUUUCUUCAAACUGACUCCUGAAAAAACAUUACGUUUCAAAGGUGAAAAGUGCACGGGGGGGAAAUUGUCAAAAGACAGACUAACUGUUUUAGUUGCCGUGAAUAUGGAUGGGAGUGAUAAGCGCAAGCUGAUGGUUAUAGGGAAAAGUGCUAAACCUCGUUGUUUCAAAAAUGUUAAUUUAUUGCCAGUAACAUAUGAAAGUAACAAAAGAGCGUGGAUGACAAGUGAAUUGUUCGCUUCCUGGCUACGAAAAUGGGACAAUGAACUGAAAUUGAAAAAUGAUAAAAUAUUGUUGAUGGUAGAUAACUGUCCAGCACAUCCACAUGUUGAAAAUCUUACAUCUAUAAAGUUGGUGUUCCUCCCGCCUAAUACAACAUCUGUUUUGCAACCCUUGGAUCAAGGUGUUAUAAGAUCUCUGAAAGUCAACUAUCGGAAACGUCUCAUUCUACAAAUCAUUCAAGAUUUGGAUGAAGGAUGUGAAACAAAAGUCUCUGUACUCGACGCAAUUACAAUGUUAGAAAGAGCUUGGAAUGAAGUCACAUCCAUUACAGUGAAAAACUGUUUCAGACAUGCAGGAUUUUUAAUGCAGUCUGAUAACAUUAUUGAAUCUGCAUGCACAGAAGAGUCGUUACAAGAAUGGGGGAGAAGUUUGGCUCAACCAGUGUCUCAUGGUUUCUUUGAAGAGUAUGAAGAAGUAGACAAGGAUUUGGAAACGACGGCAGCUGUAAGUGAUGAGGAAUUGCUGACUUCGACUUUGAGAGAAGAAGAUGACGUUACAAACACUGAGAAAGACAAUGAUAAUGAUGAGGAAAUCAAUCCACCAACACUGACUGAAGCUUGUAAAGCGAUCAAGACAAUUUGCCAAUUUCUUAGUGUCACAAAUACAGCAGAUGAAGCAACAAAAAAUGUUCUAUUUAAUCUAGAGAAACAGUUUCAAACAUCGUACUACAAUAAUUCAAAGUGCAAAAAACAAACGAAAAUUACAGACUUUUUGAAAAAGACCUAA